AUGCUGUCAGCUCCUGGAUCGCAGGUGUCCUGCCGCCGCAACUGCGAGUCCAUCGUGGACACGGUCACCCCCUGUGUGCAGCAGAAGCGGUUCGUCACCGGGCUGCGGCCCUCGGCACCCAGGAAUGCCCAUGAUGUCUCCACAGCGGAGCGGGUGGGCAGAGGCCCCAGUCGGAGCGGCAAAGGGUUGGCCCAGGCCCAGGGUCCUCACAGAAAGGACCCUCAAGGCACUGGGACCCCACAGAGGGCAUUUAGUCCCCUGGGGGUCCACGGAGGCCUCUCUUCCUUUGUGCCCAGGCCUGGGCCUCUGCUGAGAGCCGUCCCCCAGGAAGAGAGCUCAGAAGACCCAUACAGUAAGAAGUCCCCCAGCUCCCAUAGGAGCUCCUGCCCCACUCGAAAUGCCAUUACCAGUUCCUACAGUUCCACCAUGGGCUGCUACCCGGUGCAGAGGAGGAGGGGUCUGGCCACAAGUCAGGCCGCGUGGCCCCCGAGGUCCCCAAAAAAGGUCAGCCGAAAGAGCCCCUUGUGUCCUGCCGGAGUGCCUGCACUUCGCCAGAAGAACCAGCCAGAAAAGGAUGCCGAUACCACCACCAGGCAGAAAACAACGCCGAGGAACUGCUCAUCCCCAGCUGACUGUUCCAGGCCCGGAAAACGCAAGGUUAGUCUGCUGCCACACAGGCGAGGGGAGCCUCUGAGGCUGCCGUCACCCCCUCAGCCGGGGUUUCGAGUGACUGCUGUGGACCUUGACCGGGAAAAGACAGCUGCUCUCCAGCGCAUUCAAGAUGCUCUUCGAGGGGACACAGAGGCCACCUGCAGCUGUGGCCCAACUAGCCCAUCCAAUGCCUUGGCCCUGCCUGCUGUAGUGGCUGCUCCCCUGCCAGCCUCUGACUCCCAGGUCACCUCCGGUUCUUCCUCAGGUUCUUCCCAGCCUCUCCUCUUGGGGUCUCUCCCUGGCUGCAGUGGGAGCAACUUUGCAUCUACCCAGGCCCUCUUGAUGCAGCCCGGGGACAACAUGGUCUCAGUCACAGUCCCCACAGGGCUGCCUGCGCUGCCUGGGGGGAGUGGCAACCCAGGAUCCACUGCCCAGGCCCCAUUCGGGGCUGUUGGUGGGCAGUGGCCCGGAGCCAGCCCCCUUCACAGCUCUCCCCGACAUGGACAGCCGGCAGCUCAGGCUCCAGUCCCACUCCAGGCCCUGAGCACAACGGUAGUCCAGCUGUCCUUGGGCAGUGGCACUCAGGCAGUUUAUGUGGUUCCCUUACCCGCAUCUGCCUCCCGGGGCACCCGUGCCAGUGCCCAGCCAGGUUCGGCUACCUCCCCUGCUGUACUCGCCCCUGGCGCAGCCGCUGCCCCUGGCUUGACAGCAGCCCCCCAGGUGCCUGGCGCUGUGUCCCAUGCUGGGCGCAUUAGCCAGCAGCCCCGCCCCCCAGGGGGCAGCACAAUGCUGGUCCUCAUCAGCAUGGGGGUUUUUGCAGCACCCCCAGGUUUUGGGAGAGGUGAUGAUGUCCCAGAUCUGUGCUCCAGGUUUGGGGCUCUGAGCAUUACAGCAGGAACGAGCAGGGCCCCAAGCGGCCCACAGGGCUCCAGGGCAAGCCUGGGCCCAAACACAGGGGGCCACCCACGCCAGAGCACCCUGUCGGGGACCGCUGGAGCCGGCACGACGAACCAGCCUGUGUCGGGAGCCCCGAGUGCCCCUAGCUUCAGUCACAUCCCCAGGCACCAGAGCAGGAAGAGGUCCAGGUCAGAUGGCAUUAGCUCUGCCAGCAAGGCCGCCUGCGGGGAUGGGGGCGUCCUGGCCUCUCCUCCUAGUGGCCCCACCUCUCUGGUCAGCACAGCCCAGACCAGCCUUGCCACCAAGACCCCCUCAUUCCCUGCCCAGCGAUUCAUUAGGUGCAAAAGAGCUGCACCCUGCAACAAAGCAUUUUCGUCCACAUCACAGCCCACUGCCUCUGCCUCUGGCUUGGCAACUGCCCCCCAGGUGCCGGGCGCCGUGUCCCAUGCUGGGCCCAACAGCCAGCAGCCCGGCCCCCAAGCUGGCAACACAAUGCUGGCCCCCAUCAGCAUGGGGCUUACCGCAGCACCCCCAGCCUCCAGCCGCCUGCGGCCCCGCCUCCGGCGGUCCUGCCUCCAGCGGCCCGAGCCGCCAUCUGCAGCCUCCAGCCCCGCCGGCGGUCCCACCUCCCGCCGCCCCAAGCCGCCGCCUGCAGCCUCCAGCCGCCUGCAGCUUCCAGCUGCCUGCGGCCCCGCCUCCGGCGGUCCUGCCUCCCCGGCCCCCAGCCGCCGCCUGCAGCCUCCAAACGCCUGCAGCUUCCAGCCGCAUGCGGCCCCGCCUCCGGCGGUCCUGCCUCUGGCGGCCCGGAGCCGCCGCCUGCAGCCUCCAGCCGCCUUCGGCGGUCCUGCCUCUGGCGGCCCUGAGCAGCCGUCUGCAGCCUCCAGCCGCCUGCAGCUUCAAGCCGCCUGA